AUGGAUGCCUCAAUACCUGUAUACGAAAAGCCCCAUUCUCGCCUUAGUGUCCUAGAUUGGACUCGAAAUAUACAAAGGCUGCAAAACGAAGCGAGAUUACGUCGCUUUGAAUCAUACGAGCUACGUCAGAGGGCAAAUCAACUUCGAAACGAGACUUCGGUGACUACUAGAUGGGACAAUUAUGUUAACAACCAACUGUUAAGAGAUAGAAUAUUCGAAGUAGAGUCAUGGCGAGAAAAUCAAAGAUUCACUCGAGAGCAGGUAAGAGAUGAGAGUAGAGCGCUACAAGAAGAGAAGAACGCGACUGAACUUCAACUGGAAUCACUCCAAGUACCUCUGAUGGUGAGUUCUCAGUGUCUCACUAAUCGAGACCAGAGACUUCCACCUGAGUUGACCAGGGAUACAUUGGGAGAGGAGUUGAAUAAGGAGUUACACAUACUAGAGAACAGCAAACGUGUCCUAACAGACGUAUGCCAUAUGGGCUGGGAGAAAUUAAAAGAAUUAACUAAUGUCUUCUGUCGGUUAGAGCGAGAGAUACAGAACAAGGAUGACGCAUUGGCCAUAGAUCGCCACGUGAAACAGCUGGACAGAUAUAGUUCUGAUAUUUCGUUUAAGAUCGACCCUACAAGGGUACCGCCUGAAUCAAUAACAGAAGAAAGCUACGUUCACUGCAUAGAAAAUACUAUAAAAAUAGCUGAGCAGCUGAUGAGAGAAUCUAAAUCAUUACGAGAGACUAUGUUUAGAAGUCGUGAACAGGUCAAGAACCAGUUGUAUGCGCAAUGUCAGGCCGUGGAGAUGGUGAUGAGGAGAAGGGUAUUUGAUAUACAGAGGGCCAGAAAUGAAAUGGAGUGGCAGAAACUGAAGUUAGAGCAAAAUCUCGCCAAGGUAGAGCGAGAAAUUGAAUCUCUACGAGCGGCCGUUGCUGAUAAAAUAAAUCCAACUAAGUUGGUGGAAACCCGCCUGGAAGCCAGAACACGACGACCUGCUUUAGAGAGAGUGCAGGAUAAGCCAACGCGUGGUCUGAUAGAAGAGUACGAGAGAGUUCAUACAAGCACCAGUACGUUGGAGAAGAAACUAGAAGAUGCACUUUCCACAUACCACGGCAUGCACAGCCAUUACCAAAGGGUAACCAAAGAACUGCAGUACAAGAACCAGGCUCUAGAGACGGACAGGCGGCUGGUGGAGAUUCGGAAACCACUCCAUCGAUCUGAUGAUACUGAGUUUCAAAGAAAUGUCGGUUAUUGCCAUAUGAAUGAUGAAUUGGUGACAGACUAG